AUUAAAAAAAAAACUAUCCAAAUGCUGUCCGAAAAUAGCAAUUAAAGCAUCCACCACAUAAUGAAACAGCCAAUCCCAACUAAUGAGAUUAACAAUCCCUGUUUAUCAUUAGUAAAGGAACCGAAAUCUCUCUCUUCAAGCAGUCACAAAGCUGAACGUGAACACGUGUCAGGAUCCCACUUCCCAUAUCUUGUCUACCGUUAAUUUUCCAUCUAUUUAUGCAUCUAAGGACUCCCUCUCUUCUCUCCCGCCUUCAGUUUCUCUCAUGUUACUAACAACAAUUUUUUUUUUAAUUUUCCAAUUUCUCAUUUCUCCUUUGUUUUUGGCCCUCUUUAGAUUGAGGAAGAAUGAUGAACGGAGGAAGAGGAGGAAUAGGCUCAAGAAUGGGAGAUGAAGAAGAAAUAGGCACAAAGUUUGUUGACACAGGAAACCAUACGCCGAGAUCGAAAUUCGGUAACAUGAUGCAUUCUGAUCCAAACCUUUCAGCAACAGCAGCGGCAAUACCCCGUGAUGAAGUGUUCGGCUAUCGAAAUAGCAGUGCUUCCUUAACAGGUCCUGCCAGUUUUGACCCUAACAGGAUGAGCUGUGAGGGGUCUCCUAUGACCAUGUCACCAUGGAACCAAACCGGUGGUGGUUCCAAUUUUCCGUGGUCAUUCGAAGAAAACCUUCCUCAAAAUGGGCUGAUUGGUUCGCUUGUUCGCGAAGAAGGUCACAUUUAUUCCUUGGCUGCAACCAAGGAUCUUCUUUAUACAGGUUCUGAUAGCAAGAACAUUCGUGUGUGGAAGAACUUGAAGGAGUUCUCUGGAUUCAAAUCGAGCAGUGGUUUGGUGAAAGCCAUAAUAAUUGCUGGUGAGAAGAUUUUCACCGGUCACCAGGAUGGCAAGAUACGAGUAUGGAAGGUUAUCCCAAAGAAUCCAACAAUACACAAGAGAUCAGGAACAUUGCCUACAUUAAAGGAAAUACUCAAGAGCUCUAUCAGACCAAGCGCAUACGUCCAAGUUCGAAACCGUUCUGCUCUUUGGAUCAAGCAUUGUGAUGCCAUUUCAUGUUUGACCCUCAGCGAGGACAAAACCCUUUUGUAUUCCGCUUCCUGGGACCGGACUUUCAAGGUAUGGAGAAUCUCAGACUCUAGAUGUCUUGAAUCAAUCAAUGCCCACGAUGAUGCUGUUAAUUCUGUCGUGGCGAGUCUAGAAGGCUUGGUGUUCACAGGCUCAGCUGAUGGAACGGUGAAGGUGUGGAAACGAGAGCAACAAGGCAAAACGACAAAGCAUUCUCCUGUUCAAACAUUGUUGAAACAAGAGAGUGCGGUUACAUCAUUGGCCGUGAACACCUCUGGUUCGGUUGUGUACUGUGGGUCCAGUGAUGGAAUGGUGAAUUAUUGGGAAUGCGAGAAGCAGUUAUCCCACGGUGGGGUACUUAAGGGCCACAAACUUGCUGUUCUGUGCCUCGCAGCCGCGGGGAAUCUGGUCUUUAGUGGAUCAGCUGACAAGACCAUAUGCGUGUGGAGAAGGGAUGGCAAGCUUCAUGCAUGCAUAUCUGUGCUGACAGGGCAUACUGGACCUGUGAAGUGCCUGGCGGUGGAGGUGGAUCAUGAGAAAUCCAAAGACGGUGAUCAACGGUGGGUUGUGUACAGCGGGAGUCUGGACAAGUCUGUGAAGGUUUGGAGUGUGGCUGAGAUGGCACCUGAUUUGUAUCAAAUGGCCAUGAUGCAACAGCAGCAGCAAUAUCAGCAACAUAUUGGUUCUGAUGCAGAUUCAUUGCAAUCUGAUGAAAGCAGCAGAGCUGGUAAGAACAGGGGGAAGUAAUCUCCAGAUCCUUAAACUUUAAUGGCAAGAUGUAAUCAAGAUUAAUCUAAUUAUUAAACAUUGUGAGUUAGUGAAAGUGUGAAACAAAGAAUCGAUUCCAUUCUUUCCUUGUUGGGUUUGAUUGACAAUGGAGGUCUGGGGUUGGGGAUAGCCAUGCUGGGGUUUGCGGCUGGUCAUCUGUGAGGGAAGAGGAGUUUGGCUGUAUUUUUCCAGUAGUAUUGUAUCGAACGUUGUAAGACUAUUGUGGAUUAAAUGAAUGACUGUCUGACUUGUGACAAUCACAUUUUAUAAAAUAAAUUUGUUCGUCUGAUUUGCAUUCUCAAA